AUGAAUAGGAUGACACUGACCCAGAACAAUAGCAGCCUCCAAAUAUUCCCUGCCAGGAGGGAGGAUUCAGGGGAUUAUCAGUGUGAGGUAUCCAAUCCACUUGAGUCCAAGAUGAGUGACCCCCUCCAGCUGGAUGUAAUAGAACCAGUGACUAAACCCUCCAUCCAAGUCACCAACAACACAUUUGAAGACCUGAUCUCUGUGUUCCUGACCUGCUUGUCAAACGACACUGGGAUCUCCAUCCAUUGGUUCUUCAAAGGCCAGAGUGUGGAGCUCACAGAUACGAUGAGGCUGUCUGAAAGCAACCAUACCCUCCUAAUAUACUCUGUGAAGUUUGAGCAUUCCGGGGACUAUCAGUGUGAAGUAUCCAAUCAAGUCAGUUCCAAGAGGAGUGACCCCAUCCAGCUGGACAUAAUACAACCAUUGACUAAACCCUCCAUCCAACUCACCAAUACCACAGUCAAAGACCUGACCACUGUGAUCCUGAAGUGCUUGACAAACGACACUGGAAUCUCAAUCCAUUGGCUCUUCAAAGGCCAGAGUCUGAGAAUCACGAAUAGCAUGAGGCUGUCCCCGAAAAACAGCACCCUGGAAAUAGUCUCUGCCAGGAUUGAGCAUUCUGGGGACUAUCAGUGUGAAGUAUCCAAUCAAGUCAGUUCCCAGAGGAGUGACCCCAUCCAGCUGCUCAUAAUACGUGAGUGA